CUUUUUUCUAGGAAAAUAACAACGGCUGUGUCAUCAUUCAAUCCAGAGUUUGGAGAUGAUAAUGUCCAAAACUCAAAUCGAAUCACUCUGCUCAUCUCUUCUUCAAGAACUUGAGGUUAUAUGGGACGAGGUUGGAGAAACUGAAACCGAAAGAGAGAAGAUUUUGAUUGAAAUUGAAGACGAAUGCAGAGCAGUUUAUAGUCGAAAAAUCGAAAAGGUAAAAGAUGAGAGGAAUCGGCUAAGACAAGACAUUGUUGAUUCAAAGUCGAGAGUUAUUGCUAUAUGUUCUGUAAUGGAAGAGCCAUCGAGUCUUGGAAGACAACACCAAUCUGAUCAAAGUGGAAGAAGAAGUUUGAAAGAAGAGUUAGUAAAGAUUCUUCAGAAACUUGAAGAUAUGGAAAAGAGAAAAUCAGAGAGGAAGGAUCAGUUUAUUCAAGUAAUUGAAGAUAUAAAAUGUAUAAGCGAGGAGAUAAAUGGAGAAUCUGAUGAUACUCGUUCAUCUGAUUUUUCUGUUGAUGAGUCUGAUUUAUCUCUUAGAAAGCUUGAAGAGUUACACAGUGAGCUUUACACACUUCAAGAAGAGAAGAGAACCCGGAUGAAACAUAUUCAAGAUCAUCUAGGAACUCUGGAAUCACUUUGUUCAGUGCUUGGUUUGAAAUAUGGAGAAACAGUUACCAAGAUUCACCCAAGUUUAGUAGAAUCAGAAGGGUCAAGAAGUAUAAGUAAUGAAACACUUGACAAGUUAGCUUCAUCAGUAAAUCAAUGGCAUGAGACAAAGAUACAGAGGAUGCAAGAACUACAAGAUCUUGUGACGACAAUGCUUGAGUUUUGGAAUUUAAUGGAUACACCAGCAGAAGAACAACAGAAGUUCAUUAACGUUUCAUGUAAUAUAGCUGCGACUGUUUCUGAAAUAACCAAACCCAAUAGUCUUUCCACAGACUUGCUUGAAGAGGUUAAGGCCGAGCUAUGUCGGUUAGAGGAGUUGAAAUGGAGCAAAAUGAAAGAACUUGUUUUAAAGAAGAGGUCAGAACUUGAAGAGAUAUGCAGAAGAACACACAUUGUUCUUGAAGAACAAGAUAUCUCAGUGGAGAAUGUAAUUAAAGCCAUUGAAUCAGGAGAUGUGAACCCUGAAAAUAUACUAGAACAUAUUGAGUAUAGAGCUGGGAAAGUGAAAGAGGAGGCUUUAAGCAGAAAAGAGAUUCUUGAAAAAGCUGAGAAAUGGUUGAAUGCUUGUGAGGAAGAGAAUUGGCUUGAAGAAUACAAUCAGGAUGAAAACCGAUACAACGCUGGAAAAGGAUCUCAUUUAAUCCUCAAACGUGCAGAGAAAGCUAGAGCACUUGUUAAUAAACUUCCAGCUAUGGUUGAAGCAUUAGUUUCCAAAAUCACAAUUUGGGAAUCAGAGAAAGAAGCUGAGUUUCUAUUUGAUGGUAAUCGUCUACUUUGGAUGCUUGAAGAAUAUACAGAACUUAGAGAAGAGAAAGAACAAGAACGUCGCAGGAAAAGGGAUCUGAAGAAACUUCAAGGUCAAGUGACAUCAGAGCAAGAUAAAGGAACUCCUACGAGACCUCAAAGCGCGAAAAAGGGUCUUAAAGUAUCAACUGAUCACAAGAGAUUUGCAUCAUCCCCUCAUACUGAUUCGCCUCGCUCAGCAAAAUCUUUUACAUCUCAAUCUCGCUAUGGCUAAAAUGAUGGAGCAAAAAGACUUCAAAAUAAUUCUUUUAGUUUGCGUGUA